AUGAUCUCUUACAAUGCCCGCAACCAGAGAAUAGAAGCCUGGGUCAACGCGGCCACCGAGGAAAGCGAAGACGCUGCCCCUGCUGAUCCUGAGGCCCGCGACCUUCAUGACCAGGAAAAAGCUCAACGAAUCGAACACGAGGAUUUGUGUCGCGAAAAUAAGCAGACGUACAAGGGCCUUUUGUUAUUAUGGCUCGCCUGGCAAAGUACCGGUGUUGUUUACGGAGACAUCGGAACCAGUCCUCUUUAUGUUUUCAGCUCGACGUUUAGCGAACAGCCGUCAUGGCACGACCUUGUGGGCGCCCUCUCAAUAAUUAUCUGGUCCCUCACCCUUAUCGUGACGGUUAAAUAUUGCUUCAUCGUGUUGUCAGCCGACGAUGAUGGACAAGGAGGCACGUUCGCCCUGUACUCGCUCCUGUCCCGAUACGCCAAUAUCGCCCGUGUUGACCCCAACGGCCCUGAGAGAAUCGUCGUGCGACUGGACCGCGAGACGGGUGCUGAAUUGGCACCAGCUGGAAGAAUGGCCCGAGACUUUCUAGAAAGAAGUCGCGUUGCACAGAACGUCCUCAAGAUUGUUGGGGUUUUGGGAGUAUCCAUGGUGGUGGCGGACAGCAUACUAACACCAGCCCAGUCCGUACUGGGCGCGGUUCAGGGAAUUCAGGUCAUCAGGCCUGACUUGGGAAGGCCUGCUAUUGUAGGUAUCUCGUGUGCGAUUCUCGUCGCGCUUUUUGGGUUGCAGUUCUUUGGCACAUCCAAGAUUGGUACCUCUUUUGCUCCUGUGGUUGUGGUCUGGCUUCUCUACAACUUCUCCAUUAGUAUCUACAACCUGGUCUUGUACGAUCAUACCGUGCUGAAAGCGUUCAGUCCACAUUACGCCUUCACAUACUUGAUCAGAAACGAGUCGCACGGCUGGAAAUCACUUGGUGGGUUGCUUCUCGCAUUUACAGGUGUCGAAUCACUCUUUGCGGAUCUCGGUGCUUUUGGACAGCGAGCCAUACAACUCUCCUGGCUGGUUUUGGUGUUUCCAUGUUUGUUGAUAACAUACUGUGGCCAAGCUGCCUUCAUUUCACAUGAUGAGACUGAAUUGGCAUUCACAAACCCUUUUUUCCGUACCGUCCCCGAAAGCACGCUCUACUUUAGCAUCAUCAUUGCAGUGCUUGCCGCUGUUGUUGCUAGCCAGGCCUUGAUUACCAGCUCGUUCCAGCUCAUCUCACAGUUGAUGAGGCUCAGUUACUUCCCUCACAUCAAGACGGUACACACCAGCCGUCGAUUCCAUGACCAGAUUUACAUGCCGCUUGCGAACUGGCUACUUAUGAUCGGGACCGUUGUGGUAACGGCUGUCUAUAAUAAUACGACGAGUUUGGGUCAUGCUUAUGGCGCAUGUGUCAUCAUCGUUACCUUUAUCACGACUUGUAUGGUGUCUUUGGUGGCACUCAUCAUCUGGCGAAUAUCAUCUAUUGUCGUCCUUUUCGGGUUCCUAGUAUUCAUUCUUCUCGACGGUAUCUAUCUCAGCGCAGCUAUGAACAAGGUACCGGAUGGUGGUUGGUUCGCGUUAGUUCUUUCAUUUAUUCUCAGCACGUUCGUCAUGCUUUGGCGAUGGGGUAAAGAGCAACAAUGGGAGGCAGAGCAGAAAGAUGUCCUGGACCCUUCAGAAUUCCUAAUGUCGUCACGAAGCACCUCGCGGAACAACUCUAUUGCCAGAGGCAUGACGAGUGAUGGCUCAGUCCGCUCAAUACGGCUGAGGCUUUCACCCGAGUUUGGGGGUGGCCAAGUGAUGGUUGCCCCAGGCCUUGGAAUAUUCUUUGACAAAGUUGGUGGUAGUGGCGACCAUAUUCCCAAGGUGUUCACACAGUUCAUACGAAAGUUUCAGACGCGGCCGCAGGUCAUUGUUUUCUUCCACAUGCGCCCACUUUCUCAACCCACAGUGCCGUCUGAUCAACGGUUUGUCAUUUCGCGUGUUACGACGAAGAUCCCGUCGUGCUAUCGAAUUGUGCUGCGGCAUGGUUAUAUGGACGAUAUUCUCACACCGAACCUGGCCCCACUUAUUGUUAAUGAGUUGAUGACCUUUAUCACAAGAGGCCCUUUCCCACCCGACGAGAACGAUAUGCCGCCAGAGUUCCGGGGCGAAUUUGAAGCGCUACGGACUGCAGAAGAAGCACAAACUGUCUACCUCAUGGGUAAACAGACGAUGCGUGUGCAAAAAGAGAAAAAGAAAGGGCUUCCCAACAUUUUCCGUCGGGUCGCCCUGGAGGCGUUCUUAUGGGUUCGUGAGAAUACACGAACUAAAGUCGCCAACCUGAACGUUGACCCUGACAGUUUGGUUGAAGUAGGGUUUGUCAAAGAGAUUUAA